UAAUACUUCUACUAAUUAAUUAAAACUUCAGGCUCACGUCCCUGCAGUCACUGGUGUCACCAAGCUGAGCAGGGAUGCUGGAGCAGAGCUGUGGAACCCAGGCAAAGCAGCCCCUGCUUCUGGCCAUGGGGCUGGGGGGGAGUUGUGCUCAGUGCAGUGUUUGGUUGCUUUCUAGGAUGAAGAUAUCCAAGUGGAGGUGGAGCAGCAUCUCCAUCAGUGCUCAGUCGCAGCUCAAAGGCACCCUGGCCCUUCUUCUUGUGGGCAACGCUGUCUUUGUCAUAGCUCAGGACCUGACACAGACGUCCAACAGCCUGGAGGAGGGGUCAGAUGUCACUGCUUACUGGUGGGGAGAGUGGACCAAGUGGACAGCGUGCACCAGGACCUGCGGGGGAGGUGUCAAAUCCCAGGAGAGGCACUGCCUGAGGCAGAGAAGGAAGUCAGUGAGUGGGCUGGCUAAUAAAACUUGCACUGGAACAUCCAAAAGAUACCAGCUCUGCAAAGUCCAAGAGUGCCCUGUGAACGGAAGGAGCUUUCGAGAGGAGCAGUGUUCAUCAUUUAACUCCCAUGUGUAUAAUGGCAGAACGUAUCAAUGGAAACCUUUAUAUCCUGAUGACUAUGUUCACAUUUCUAGCAAGCCCUGUGACCUUCAUUGCACCACUGUGGAUGGUCAGAGACAGUUAAUGGUUCAGGCCAGGGAUGGAACAUCCUGCAAAUACACGGAUUUCCGAGGGGUUUGCGUGUCUGGAAAAUGUGAGCCCAUUGGCUGUGAUGGCAUUCUCUUUUCCACCCACACCUUGGAUAAAUGUGGAGUUUGCCAAGGAGAUGGGAGCAGCUGCACCCACGUAACCGGCAGUUACCGGAAAGGAAAUUCUCAUCUUGGCUAUUCCCUGGUAACGCACAUUCCCGCCGGAGCCAGGGAUAUCCAGAUAGUGGAACGGAAAAAGUCUGCAGAUGUUCUGGCUGUGGCUGAUGAAGCUGGGUACUAUUUCUUCAAUGGGAACUAUAAAGUGGACAGCCCAAAGAACUUCAACAUUGCAGGCACGGUGUUCAAGUACCGCCGGCCCAUGGAUGUGUACGAGACUGGGAUCGAGUACAUUGUUGCCCAGGGACCCACAAAUCAAGGGCUGAACAUAAUGGUCUGGAAUCAAAAUGGCAAGAACCCGUCCAUCACAUUUGAAUACACUCUCCUGAGGAAGCCACACUCAAAAAAUCUGCAGCCCAUCUACUACACCUUCUCUGAGUCGGAGAGCGAGGAGAGCCGUGAGUUCGAUGGAGAUGUGCCCUUGGGCUUUAUCCAGCACAAUGCAACCUAUUUUGGGAAAAUCUCCAGGGAAAGGAUAGACUUGGAGAACCAGGUGUUUGGAAGGCAGGACACGGAGGAAGAUUUAAACUUGAGCAAAGGUCAGGAAACCAAUGAGGUCUAUGAAAGAGCAGAAACAAUUGACUGUGAGCCAAAACUGAAGGGCAAACAACCCCAAGAUUCAAACGUAACCAGGUCUACUUACCAGACAGACCAUGACGAGCCCAGGCUCAGCUCCAGGGAGUUCCUUCUGGAGAAUGCCAUCACGGACAAGCUGCUGGGCAAGACCUCAGACUCCAAGGAGCUGCUGCUCAACGUGACCAUGAACAGCAUCUUCGCCCAGGGGGACCCAAUCAACUCGGUGGGGUCACCCAUGGACAGUCUCUACGUGGACUACGAGGACAGCGAUGGCCUCGUCACCUACUCCCUCAACAGCACCUACAUGGAGCUGAGCAAUGGCAAAGCCACCAACACCUCUGCAGAGACAGCCUUCUCAAAUGCCACUGUCACCGUGGGCAGCCCUCAAGGGAACAGAACCCACAAAGCAAGAAACAGAUUGAAGUUGUUAAGAAAGGGCCAAGGUGUGAGUGCUGCUGACAUGUACAGGUGGAAGCUUUCCUCCCAUGAACCCUGCAGCUCUACAUGCACCACAGGAGUGAUGUCCACAUAUGCCAUGUGUGUUCGCUAUGAUGGGAUCGAGGUGGACGACACCUACUGUGAUGCCAUGACCCGGCCCGAGCCCAUCCAUGAGUUCUGUGCUGGGAGAGAGUGCCAGCCAAGGUACCACCUGCACAGGGCACUCCUGCGCUCUCUGUGCUUUCUCUGCCCUGGAUGUCCUGUCCCCUCCCGGCAGUGCUCGGCUCGCUGCGGGGAGCGCAGCGUGGUGACAAGGGACAUCCGCUGCUCCGAGGACGAGAAGCUCUGCGAUGCCAGCGCCCGGCCCCUGGCCGAGAAGAACUGCACGGGGCCACCGUGUGACCGGCAGUGGACAGUGUCCGACUGGGGACCGUGCAGCGGUGGCUGCGGGCAGGGCAGGAUGAUCCGGCACGUGUACUGCAAAACCAGCGACGGGCGCGUGGUGCCCGAGUCCCAGUGCAACCUGGACACCAAACCCCUGGCCAUCCACCCCUGCGGGGACAAGAACUGCCCCUCUCACUGGCUGGCACAGGACUGGGAGCGGUGCAACACGACGUGUGGCCGGGGUGUGAAGAAGAGGAUCGUGCUCUGCCUGGAGAUUGUCAAUGGCAAGAUCAAGACCCGCAGCCCCUCUGACUGUGACAUGGCCAAGAAGCCCGUGGAGGAGAGCACGUGUUUCGAGAGGCCCUGCUUCAAGUGGUACACGACCCCCUGGUCCGAGUGCACAAAAACCUGCGGGAUCGGCGUGAGGAUGCGGGAUGUGAAGUGCUACCAAGGCAAGGACAUCGUGCGGGGCUGUGACCCGCUGGUGAAGCCCGUGGGCAAACAGACCUGUGACCUGCAGCCCUGCCCCACUGAGCCCCCAGACGACAGCUGCCAGGACCAGGCAGGAACCAACUGUGCCUUGGCCAUCAAGGUGAACCUUUGCAGCCACUGGUACUACAGCAAAGCCUGCUGCCGCUCCUGCCGUGCACCCCACUCCUAGGGCAGGGCUGCCCCAGCCAGGGCUCCACCUGCCACACGGCCCACCCAUCCCACAGCUGCUCACAAGGAUGCUUUUGGCCUGGUUUUUGUGUCCCCACCGAAGCAGAGCUCCUCUGCUGGUGCCGAGCAGAGGGACGGCGCUGCUGGACGUGGGAUCAGAGCUGUACAUAAAGUCGUGUAUAUUUGAUUCCCCCCUCCCAAAAUCCAGCUACGCCCAAGGUCUUGUCCUUUGGUUUCCUCCCUCGGUGUGAGGUUGGGGUUGGUGUGAACUCUGGGAAGUGCAAGUUUCCCUUCACAAAAUGGGGUUGGUGCCUCUCUCCUGAUUUAUCCCGAGACCUGCGUGCCCUCGUUAGCUGAAUUAACGUGGUGGGAAGCUGAUCCUCGUUUGUUAAAUGAACUCAAGCCCUUUUUUGUAAUAUGUAGGUGUAUACUUUUUCAGAGAAUUUUAUCUUAUAAUCAAAUGUUAGUUUCAUAGUCCUUACAACACCCCCCCCUCCCCCAAUGCUGACAUAUUGUAUAUAAUAUGGAAACAUAACUGCACUUUAUAUCACAAAAAAGACGUGCUCUUUUUUUAAUAUAUUUGUUUACAGACAGUGAACUUUAUCCAUAUAAUCAUUAAUUUGUACUCAUAUGUAUAUUUUAAUAAAGUUGUCAUAUUUAUGGUGGUA